CUACUGUUUUUUUUUUUUUUUUUGCCAUGGAUGUAGGUUUUUACCCCAACGCCGGUGGAAAUGCUAUUCCCGGAGAAUCGCCGAACCUGGAUUUCUCUCACUGUCUGGGAUACUACAACUUCAACAAGUUCCAGAACAACAACAACUACAUGAACAUGUCAGAAGCGAACACCGCCCUGCUGACUGCUGGUGAUACCUUUCACACACCCAGUCUGGGGGACGAGGAGUUUGAGAUUCCUCCCAUCACACCUCCACCAGAAAUGGAGUCCGGCCUUGGCCUGUCUGACGGUGAUUCUCCUUUCCAUACCAUGCCGGAGCCUCCGGCCCACCACAGGGGCUCCCUGAUCCCUCAGUUUCCCCCUCAGAGCUUGGAUCUGCCCUCCAUCACCAUCUCGCGCAACAUGAUGGAGCAGGAAGGGAUGGGGAUCAGCAACAGCCAACCGAUGAAUGUUGGACCAGCCCAUCUCCGCCACUACGCGGCUAACCCAGCCAUGCUGAUGAAGUCCAUCGCCAAUAUGAGCGGCCCCAACGGGAUGAUCUCGCGGAAUCAGCUGACCACCAUCAACCAGUCACAUCUCAACACGCAACUGAACCUGAACAUGGGCGGACACAGCAUUGUCCACACUUCGCCAUCGCCACCGGCCAGCAAGUCCGCUACACCGUCACCCUCCAGCUCCAUCAACGAAGAUGACCAAGACGACAGCAACAGGGUGGUCGGCGAAAAGCGACCGGCACCCAUCGAUCCCACUAAAAAGCCCAAGACGCCCAAAAAGAAAAAGAAGAAGGAUCCCAACGAGCCUCAGAAGCCGGUGUCGGCUUACGCUCUAUUUUUCCGAGACACGCAGGCCGCCAUCAAGGGUCAGAACCCCAACGCCACCUUUGGCGAAGUAUCCAAGAUCGUAGCGUCCAUGUGGGACGGUCUUGGGGAGGAGCAAAAACAGGUGUACAAAAGCAAAACAGAAGCUGCCAAGAAGGAGUACUUGAAGGCCCUGGCAGCAUAUCGCGCUAGUCUGGUCUCCAAGGCGGCGGCGGAAUCCGCAGAGGCGCAGACGAUCCGGUCUGUGCAGCAGACCCUGGCCUCCACCAGCCUCUCUCCGGGCCUGGUAAUGCCUUCGCCUCUCAAUCAGCACCCCUCCAUGCCUUCGGCCUCACAGGCCCUCCAGCAAGCCCUACCCCGAGCCAUCGCCCCCAAACCCCUACAGAUGAGACUAGGAGGCAGUCCAAUCGUCACCUCAGUCACUGUUUCCCACCAGAACAUGUCCCCGGGGAUGCCCCAAAUGCUCGGCCAGAUGGGCUCCGCCGUGACCAUGCCGCAUCCUGCACCCGUGUCCCAGAUGAGCCCGCCCAUGCAACAUCAGCAGCAGCAUACCAUGCAGCAGCAAAUGCAGCAGCACCUCCAGCACCACCAGAUGCAGCAGCAGCAGAUGCACCACCAACAGAUCCAGCAGCAGAUGCAGCAUCAGCACUUCCAGCACCACCUCCAGCAGCAGCUCCAACAGCACCACAUCCACCACCAACAACAACAACAGCAGCAGCAGCAGCACUUGCAAAUGCAGCACAUGCAAAUGCAGCAGCAAAUGCAUCAGCAGCAAAUCCAACAUCUCCAACAACACCAGUCCCAGUGUUCCCCACCGCAGCACUCGCCCGGUACGCCCCUUUCUGUGGGCUCUGCGUCACUCGGCAGCCCCCAGCCGGCCCCCCAGCAGCAGAACCCUCCACCGCCGCAACACCCCUCUCAGAUCCAGACCCACGCCCAGGUCCUUUCCCAAGUCAGUAUUUUCUGAGCCAAAAUCCUCCAAGGACAUUAGAAUAAAAACAUCAGUCCUUGUUGCUUUUCAGCGUUGCACUUAACAAGUGUGUCACG